CAGAGCCGCUCACAGCUCAGCACCACACUGCUGCUCUCCACCACAGAGGAGCAGAACCAGGAGAUCACUGAGGAGUUUAACAUCCACUGCAUCUUUCAAAAUGUCUGGAGGAGGAAACACAGAGGAGCUGUGACUGAGUGCACUUAUAGGGAGGGAUCUUGGCUCCUGCAGCCGUUUCCCCUGCAGGGCUGAGCUCUUUGGCUGGCUCGCCACUUCCUUAGCAGAGGGGCUGCUGGCAGGGGCAGCAUCUGAGCAGGCCAUGAAGCCCCAGGAGGCCGAGCUCGUCACAGAAAUCUCUAAGCUGCAGUGCAUGGUGUCGGAGCUGAAGACGGGCUUCACCAGCGCUCUGCUGGAGCUGGGUCAGAUCCAACAUGGAGACACGUACCUGAGGGAGGAGCUGGAGGAGAACAGGAGGAGCUGCCAGAAGAAAGCUCGUCACCUGGAGGCUCUGGUGGAGUCGCUGAGGGAAGAACUCGGUGUGAUGCAGUGUCAGAUCCUGCAGCUGUACAGUCACAGACAGAGACCUCAGCAGGAGGGAAAGAGCUCCAUAUCAAAACAGAGGGACAGCGGGGACGCGGUCGAGGCGGCGGCAGGACGGAGUCAGUGUGAGUGCUCGGCUCCUCCGGCCUGUUUGUCCAGAGGGAAGCUGCUGCUGCACUGUUUCCUGCAGGGACUCAAAGCUGGACUGAGCGAAGGAACAGAUGCUCGACAUCAGGUGGCCAUGCAGCUGCUGCAUUCUGAGUGGGAGUACGUUUCCACAUUAAACCAACUUUACGACCAGUACAAGACACCAGCAGCUCACCAGACGACCCCGGAGCCAUAUCAGACGUAUGUGAUGUUUGUGGAGCAGCUGUUGCAGCGACACCUCGUCUUCAGAAACACGCUGCAGGAGCGACUCUCUGCCGAACACUGGAAGUCUCUGAUCGGAGACAUCCUGGUGCAGCUGAUCGGACAAAACGACACGUCUUUUUCCGACAUGUACCUCGGAUACACGACCACCCUGGCGUCCUUCCUCUCGCUGGAGUUCAACAGACUGAACAAUCUGGAGAAAGGCCUCAAAACACGGAGCGGCCAGAUAGAGCGAGAGGAGAUGAAGCUGCUCUCCCUGCUGCUGGCGCCCGUCUCUCGGAUCCACGGCUACCUGAGCCACAUCCAGAACCUGUUGCAGUGGACGGGUAAGGAGCAUCCUGACUGCAGCCUCCUGCUGGGCACCGAGCGGGCGCUGAGGGGCCUCCUGUCUCGCUGCCACACGACUCUGGAGGAGGACGUCCGGUGGGAAGACGCGGGAGGAGCAGGUCAAAGGAGCAGCAGCUGCUGUGAUGCUGCAGCCGGUUCACGAGUCCAACCAACCAGAGAGGAAGCAAACUCUGCUGCUCAGCGGGACCAGCAGCUCUCGGCCUCCGUCACUAACGGCGUGGACGGACACAGCUCCAUGCGUGUGGAGUGCUUGUCCUGCAGCCCGUGGCGGAGGAAGAGCUGUGGGAAAGAGAGGACGUCUCUGAACCGGUCGGCCCGAGACUGUGGACACGUCUACUGCUCCCUCCUCACCCCGGACCCUGCAGGAUGGGGGGAGAACAGCGACUCAGGUCAGGGCACCUUCACCCACGGGCCGGACGCCCCUCGUGGGCACCCCAGCCUCGAGGACUGCGAGACGGACCCAGACGACACCUCGGCCUUCGACUACUCCUCGGUCACCUCCUGCAGCCCUGAUGGCACCCUGCGCCGGGACAUGACGGCCAGCAACAGCGGGGAGGAUGAGGAGGAGGAGGAGCAGGAUGAAGAGGACAGUCAGGUGCCGGUGCUGUUAAAGCCCUCAUACAACCAGCAGCAGUCCAGGGAGGCUCCCAGAGAGAGGACUGUGUGCCUGAGGUGGCAAAUCCCCAGAGUGACUCCUCACCCCCCUCUGAGGAGCCCGGCGGGGUCGGGUGUGGACGGGCAGACGCCGUGUCUCGUCAGCUCCUACGGGAAGAGGCUGGUCAGCGUCAGGACAGGGUCACCGCCUCUACAUCCAAAAAGUGCCUUCAGGCCCAUCUGGGAUGAUCCGUCCAAACAGGUGGAUUCGGCUCCAGAGAAAGAAAACCGAUUCGUCCCCAUUCAAGCUGCAGCUCGACAGAGUUUUCAGACCUUACACCCGAGCAGGGAGAACCUGAGACCAGGCCUGGCCCAGCAGCGCUGUAACCAUGCAACGGCGGCGAUGAGCAGUGGAGGAUUGUGGGAAGAAAGCGAGGACAGCGAGGGACCCUGCAGCACUGUUUAACCCCCCCCCCCCCACUCCUCAGAGACACGAGGACCUGCUGCACACAAACACGCACCGAACCUGAGAUGUGACGAGUUUUUUUCACGACAACAACGCAUGAAU